AUGGGAGGUGUUCCAAACGGCUUCUAUAAGAAAUACUUCCCUGAGUCUGCAAGGGAAGCAAAGGAGAUGGAGUUAAUGCAGCUAAAGCAAGGUUCCAUAUCUGUGGUAGAGUACACUAACAAGUUCGAAGAGCUUUGUAGGUUUUCUCGGGUGUGUCAGAGUGACCAGGAGACUUUCGAGAGCUGGAGGUGCAUUAAGUACCAAAGGGGUUUGAAGGAGAGCAUUAUGACUACUGUGGCUCCUAUGGAGAUCCGUGUCUUCUCUGACUUGGUGAAUAAGGCUAGGGUAGUGGAGGAGUAUGCCAAGACCGUGGAGGCAUCUAAGGACAUUCAUGGAGGGAGUUCUAGUCGUGGACGUGGCAACAAGAUUGGUUUAGGUGGUUGCUUCAAGUGUGGGUUGCCUGGCCACAUUACGAGGGAUUACCCUCGUGGGAGGAAUCAGAAUGCAGGCCAGAGUCAGCAUCAAGGUCGAGUCUUUGCUGUGAAUGCCAAGGAUGCUUCCAAGGCGGAUCCAUUGAUGAGAGGUAUAUGUCUAAUUGGUGAUAAGUCCUUAGUUUCAUUAUAUGAUACUGGAGCUUCGCAUUCAUUUAUUUCGUUUGAUAAAUUUGAGGAAUUAGGUUUGAAAGUGUCAGAGUUUCCUUUUGAUCUGCAUGUACAUACUCUGCAUCAGACAGUUAUGACUAGGUCAGGUUGUAGACAAGUAGGUUUCAAGCUUGAGAGUAGAGAUUUUGUGCAUGAUUUGAUCUGUUUACCAAUGGUGGGGCUUGAAAUGAUUUUGGGGUUUGAUUGA